ACCUGCUUGCUACGUGUUCGAUGAGAUGACUGUUGGUGCGGAUGCCACUAUUGGCUAGUAGUGUGCGGUGUGCCAUUCAAAUGGGUCGAGGGGAGCGGAAAAAAAUAGUUCUUUUUACCGCUAAAUUGGUACGAUUGGCAUGUAAUUUGCCACCCUGGCCCACAUUCAGUGACUCAGAUGGACCCACCCACGCCCACAUUUAGUUUUGUGCCACUAAAUUGGUGCGAGGGGAGCAGGACGUCACUGAACUAUGUUGCUUGAACUUAUAGUACAGCAUUUAUUUUGUUUAGUUCAUCUUGAGUUCCAGUUGUUAUUGACGUCCGAGUCAUUCAUGGUUGGGCAUAUGUUCAAUUUCGAUAUGCAAGGAUUCUUGGUUUGUUGAUAACAUGAUAGUUAAGUUAUCAUAGUAGUUUUAACUUUUAAGUAUUCUAUGUCAACUAUCUUUUGGCGCUUUAUCUAAGGACUCAACUACAAUAGUCCUGCAUCUAUUUGCAGGUGGCAUAGGCAACUCUGCUGAUAUAUUUUAGUUGUCCACGGAGUCCUUAAUUGUGUACGCUAGUUCCAUUUACUUUGUUCACGAUUUUCAGUAUGUCUCAAAACCUAUGGUUUUCUCAUUCAGUCCAGAAAAUCUAGUUAUUCUCUCAAGAUUCAGUUGCCACCAUCAUUUUUGUGCUCCCAAUAUUGAUUUAUUAGAGUGUAUGGUAGAAUCCCCUAGUAGCUACUUCAUUUGCAAGUUGUUGUUCUUAUUUAUAACUAACCAAAAAUCUCCAUAAAUUCACUAAAUACAAGCUAGCCUGUUCCAGUGAUAAUGAACUCACACAGUUUGUAUCAUUUCUGGAUCCUUGAAACAUGCUGUACAUGUGUUCCGCUGGAUGAAAAAUCAGGAGAAUUAUUGUGCUCGUAAUGACAUUUAUGGCAUGAUGAUAAGGUUACAUGCUAGACACAAUCAGGUUGAUCAGGCACGUGGCCUGUUUUUUGAGAUGCAAGAAUGGCGGUGCAAACCUGAUGCUGAUACAUACAACUCUUUGAUCCAUGCUCAUGCUCGAGCUGGCCAGUGGCGUUGGGCCAUCAACAUCAUGGAAGAUAUGCAACGUGCUGCUAUACCUCCUAGUCGAACUACAUAUAAUAAUGUAAUAAAUGCAUGUGGAGCUGCUGGUAACUGGAAGAAAGCUUUAGAGCUUUGUAAGAAGAUGACUGAAAAUGGUGUAGGACCGGAUUUGAUCACACACAACAUUGUUUUGUCCGCUUUCAAGAAUGGAGCUCAGUAUUUGAAAGCCAUAGCUUACUUUGAAAUUAUGAAAUCAUCUAAUGUUGCCCCUGAUACAUUCACUUGGAAUAUUGUGAUCCAUUGCCUUGUAAAGGUUGGGCAGUAUGGAGAAGCUAUUGAGUUGUUUAACCCAAUGAGGGAAAAAAGAACAAUAUGUCCUCCAGAUGUUGUUACAUAUACUAGCAUAAUGUAUUCUUAUUCUGUUUGUGGGCAAGCUGAAAAUUGCAAGGCAGUCUUUGAUAUGAUGGUUGCUGAAGGUGUCAGGCCUAAUAUUGUAUCCUACAAUGCACUUUUGGGUGCUUAUGCCUCACAUGGUAUGCACAAAGAGGCCUUGGAAACUUUUAAAUUACUGAAGCAAAAUGGAUUGAGACCUGAUAUAGUUUCCUAUACCUCCUUACUUAAUGCUUAUGGUAGAUCUGCACAACCUGAGAAGGCUAGGGAGGUCUUUAAUGAGAUGAGGAAGAAUGCAUGCAAGCCAAACAAAGUCAGUUACAAUGCACUUAUUGAUGCUUAUGGAUCUACUGGAAUGUUGAAGGAAGCUAUUAGUUUGCUGCAAGAAAUGGAGAGAGAUGGCAUUCAACUGGAUGUUGUUUCAAUAAGUACACUGUUAACAGCAUGUGGCCGCUGCAGACAACUAACUAAAAUUGACACAAUUCUUGCAGCAGCUAAGUCUCGAGGGAUCGAACUAAAUACAGUUGCUUACAACUCAGGCAUCGGAAGCUAUUUAAGUUUGGGUGAUUAUGAGAAAGCUUUGGAGUUGUACGCAUUAAUGAGGACACGCAAUGUGAAGCCAGAUGCUGUAACUUACAAUGUACUCAUUAGUGGAUCAUGUAAAUUGGGAAGGUAUGCAGAAUCUCUGAAAUUUUUUGAAGACAUGAUGGACCUGAAAAUUCAUUUGACCAAGGAAGUCUACUCGUCCGUCAUUUGUUCAUAUGUCAAACAAGGAAAACUAAGCGAAGCAGAAUCCACUUUUAGUUCUAUGAAAGAAUCUGGUUGCUUCCCUGAUGUUUUGACAUAUACUGCAAUGAUUAAAGCCUAUAGCGAUGAUGGGAGCUGGAGGAGAGCGUGGGACCUAUUCAAAGAGAUGGAAAGUAAUGAUGUGCAACCAGAUGCCAUUGUAUGUUCAUCCCUCAUGGAAGCAUUGAAUAAUGGAAGCCAAACUGAAAGGGUCCUUCAGUUGAUGAAAUUUAUGAAGCAAAAACAGAUACCAUUGAACCAAAAGGCUUAUUUUGAGAUAAUAGCUUCAUGCAGCAUGCUACGGGAAUGGAAAACAGCCAGUGAAAUAAUUGAACAAUUGGAUUCCUCCCUCUCAUCCAUUUCUGUUGGCACACUAAACCAUCUUUUGAAUUUUCUUGGAAAAUGUGGCAAGACAGAGAGCAUGAUGAAGCUGUUCUAUAAGAUGGUGACUUCAUGCUCUACUGUGGGCCUUUCUACUUAUACGGUUCUGCUGAGAAACCUUUUAGUUGUUGGGAAAUGGAGAAAGUAUAUUGAGGUGUUGCAGUGGAUGGAAGAUGCUGGUGUCCGUCCAACACUAUAUAUGUAUCAAAGUGUACUUCCAUAUAUCUGGAGAGACAACAGUAUGGACUAUGUUACUCUCAUGCAAGAAAAAAUAAGUGAACAAUGCAUAUUUUCCUGGAUGACGCAUUUUAUCUUUGCUCAUAUCAGAUGCAUUGAGAGAGAAGGUAACAUGACUCCAGAUAUUUCUGCAUUUGUUUGAUACGGAGUACUAGAAGUCUAUAACCGAAUAUGGAAGGCGGCAUCAGAUUGAAGCUAGCAGCAUUCAGGGAGGACAGGAUUGUGAGUGUGCCCUAGUUGGCAUGGAAGCAACUUCCUCAUUAUUGAGAAAAAUGGACAUAGGACUUUGAGAACUGAGAAAUGGACAUGAUUCUACAAUUGCGAGGUUGGCUUGGAAAAAGCAUGACCCCAUGAAUCAUCUCUAUGGCUAAGAUGAGAGAAAUUGGGAUACUUGUUACCUCUAUGGCUUGGCUUGGAAAAAUUAGGUUAGUCUAGUAGAGCAGAGUCUUCCAUUCACCACCUAGAGUUUACAAUCUUGUAUGGCCAUUGUAGUAGCACUUCUUCGACGUUGUAAUUUGUCAAUGUCUUUCAAGUAAGCAGUUUUCCCAUCUUGUAUCAUAUUGGUUUGAGAAUAAUUUUGUUGUGACGAUGAAAAGGAGAUCAUAACAGGGAACACUGUAUAAGGCUUUAUGAAAAAUAUAGAGAUGGCCGUAUGAACAAAUUAGUGAUA